UCUCUGUUUCGUAUUCCGACACCCUAACUGUUUUUUUCCCAUUGUUUUUCAAGAAUUCUUUUGAGAAAGUUUUCAGUUUUCCGGCAAAAUUGCUCUCCUCAUCAAACACCAAGAAGAAAAAACUUUGUUUGACAAGUUGGGUCAUUACAUUGUUUUCUGGUUUCGUCUUUUCUUUUUUUGUUCGAUCACAGAAACAAACAAACAACGGAAAAUCAGUUCUCUCCACAGAAAAAAAAUAAAAUAAAAAUAAAGACUUUUCUUUCUUCUGCAAGUAACUGAGCAGAUUUCGUUUUUUUCUUCCAUUUCUGUUAAAUAAAAAAAUAAAAAAAAAUUAUUGUCCAUAACUUCCGUUGCCCUUAAAUUCAGCUGUCCUAACGUCAAAGCUCAGACACUCGCUUGCGUGUCUCCCUCUUAAACUCCCCAUUCCUCUCUUGUUCUUUUCCUCUGUUUCUCUCUGUUUCUGCCCUGUUUCUCUUCUUUUCUUCUCUGUUUCUGGGACAUUUCAAACAAGGAUCAAGAAACCCAAUCUCCCUCUCUCUCUCUCUAGAAAGGAAUCAUGGUGUUUGGAAAAGGGUCAAUGAAAAAAUCGAACCUUGACAAGUUCCUUCAUUGCACAACACCUGUAGUGCCACCUCAAUCUCUCCCCAAGACCGAGAUUAGGAGUUUGAAUCGGAUUUGGCAUCAACCAGAGAGAGAAAACAUUGAGUAUUUCAGAUUGAGUGAUCUAUGGGAUUGCUACAAUGAAUGGAGUGCUUAUGGAGCUGGUGUUCCCAUUCGUCUCACUAAUGGUGAAUCUCUGGUUCAAUACUAUGUUCCUUAUCUCUCUGCUAUCCAGAUCUUCACAUCUCGUUCUUCCUUGAUCCGCUUAAGGGAAGAGUCUGAAGAUGGAGAAAGCUCGUUUAGUGAUUCAUACAGUGAAGAGAGUGAGAGUGAUAAGCUUUCAAGAAGUGCUGCUUCUGAUGAAGGGCUUGAGCAUGACGCCAUUCUACAUCCCAAUGAUCGUUUGGGCUAUCUUUAUCUGCAAUACUUUGAGAGAUCAGCUCCUUAUGCUCGCGUUCCUCUCAUGGAUAAGGUAACUUUCAAUGAUCUUAUCAUUCAAGACUUGAGUAUGACAUUAGUUAAAUUUUUCUUUCAGAUCAAUGAACUGGCUCAGAGGUAUCCUGGACUAAUGUCACUGAGAAGCGUAGAUCUUUCACCGGCAAGUUGGAUGGCUGUAGCAUGGUACCCUAUUUAUCAUAUACCAAUGGGAAGAACCAUCAAAGAUUUGUCUACUUGUUUCCUCACUUAUCACACUCUUUCAUCUUCUUUCCAAGAUAUGGAGCCAGAAGAAAAUGGUGGGGAAAAGGAGAUGAUUCGUAAGGAAGGAGAAGGGGUAACUUUGCUUCCUUUCGGGUUAGCGACUUACAAGAUGCAAGGCAAUGUUUGGCUCUCGGAAGAUGAUCAAGGUCAAGAUCAAGAGCGAGUUCUAUCUCUUCUAAGUGUUGCUGAUUCUUGGCUAAAGCAGCUAAGAGUCCAACACCAUGACUUCAACUACUUCUCAAGAAUGGCUCACCGUGGCUAAACAAAUCGGUCACUAUACCGAUGAUUUUCAACCGUAGAUGUUUUUUUAAUAUCUCAUUUUGUUUUUCUUGCUUCUCUCAAGUGAUUAGGAGGUUACUUUUUUUUUCUCUGGCCGCAAGAAUCAUGUGUUGUCAAGUGGUUGGAGCAGCAGUGCCAAUGGCUGUGGAGAAGAGAGGCUCAAACCGCUCGAUGAGCUUAAUUCAAUUAAAGCGGUUCUUGCGUUUUGGGUGUAAAAUAUCUUUUGAGUCCUAUCUAUGGGAAGAUUUGGUUUAUUAUAAAGUGUUGAUGUGUUGAAAAGAGUGUUUCUUGUUUCUUGAUAACAUUGAUUCUGAGGAUCUUGUUCUUGUACCUCAGUAACAGUAAAUAUAACGAUCUAAUCAUCUUUGUAA